AUGAACAACGAUUGUGCGGGGCUUUAUAACAAUGUCUAUCAACAGGAAGACUUGCAAAUGGCCGCUAAUUUACAAGACCAACAUCAUGCUCGCCCCGCUGCCCCUUUUUUUCUCGAUACGCCAUUUAGGAAUGCUAAUAGCAUUAAUACAUUGAACGAAUCUAAUAAUAUGAACAACGAUUGUGCGGGGCUUUAUAACAAUGUCUAUCAACAGGAAGACUUACAAAUGGCUGCUAAUUUACAAGACCAACGUCAUGCUCGCCCUGCUGCUCCUUUUCUUCUCGAUACGCCAUUUGGGAAUGCUCAAAGUUUCCGUCCUGCUCAUAAUGCCGAUAUGAAUACUAUACACUACGGAAAUACUAGAAAUCGUACAACAUCAUAUCCCCCAACCUCUUAUUGCGACGGUAUUGACGUCUCUAUGAAUGGGCUAUUGAAUAUACCGAAUUUCAAUCAAGUCGCAACUCACGAAAACAGCUCCUGUCCAGUUUGUGGUUUCUCCAACGGACAUUUCGAUAAGAUCAAUCGAUCUAUUACGCAUACUGUUACGCAAAACUCUAACGCGAUGAACGAACAUGUGGUUAUAAGAGAAGUGCGAAUUCAAUUUGUGUUAGGCACGGUACCAGCUACUGACAAAGUGUUAGCGUUAAUUCGAAAGUGA